AUGAGAUCACUGGUAGGUUCAUGGUCAGUAUGUUGUAGUGAGGUUCUGCAGGACGAGAUCACUGUUGAUCUGACUGGAAGUGUGGAGAGUUUUUACAGCCGUGUUCCCUUUAAGAAGAUGGUGUCUUAUUCCGUCCGAAGCCGCGUCAACCUGAGUGACAAGCCUAUCACUGAGGGGUUCCGUGAGUGUGAACGGAGAUGUGAUGAAGACCCGUGUUGCCGUGGAAUCGGAUACGUCAGGGACACACAGUCACCUGGAUCAGACAUUCUCUGCCUGACUCUGAACAGCUUUGGUAUCCAGACGUGUGGUGAAGGAGAACGGACAACCUGGAGAGUCCAGGACUGCACCCCCUCCAAAGUAGAAACCGGAGUGUAUCCGCUUGGCUGGUACGAGAAACCAGUGAACCAGUGGACUAAAUCACCACGGUUGUGCCCCAGUUUCCAACUACGUGUUCCUUCAGAGAACGUGAGUUUGAGUGAGUGCCCCUCCUGGAUGGUCCUCCUGGUGUCCCCCCUCUCACGACCUGGUCAGGACCAGAGACUGGUGUCUGUCUGUGAGAAACUCUUCAUCUGUGCCUGUCUGUGA